AUGCCGGCCUUGAUUGGUGAAAUCACGGUGGGCAUCAUUGCUGGCCCUCAUGUCAAGAACCUCGUUCCGGAAACGAAUGCUCUAAUCUUGCAGGGUGAGAUUGCGCUAGCAGUUGCGGCACUGCAAUUGGAGACCAUGCAAGCUUUUUCCAUUGGAGCCUCCUUUGCUACAAUGCUCCUCAACUUGACUCAAUGGAAGAAAGGUGGCAUUGCCAAAGGCAUGAGGUCAACAGGUAUUGCCCUGAACGUGAUGAAAGGAGGGGGCGUGCUCAACCAACCGAGCGGGCAGGUGAUGCUGGUGCUGGUGGUGUUCAUGAGCUUCCUAGCAGUCAAAGUCGUAAAGCGCGUCGCCACAUUUUUGAUGCGCUACUUUUUUGCUUGUAGCAUCGGCUUUACUGUGCCUGUAGAAGACUUUGGAAAUGUCGAAGUCUGGAAGCGGGCGUCGGUCUUGCUUUUGUGUGUGUUUGCAAAGCUUUGCAUGGGUUUCUUUGCGAUGCCGCUGACCUUCAACGACUUCUUGAUCCUGGGGUUUGCCUGGGGCAGCUGGGGGGAGUUCUCUUUCAUUCUGGCCUUGCGUGCUGUGAGGGGGAACCUCUUGAGCGGAGAGAGCUAUAGUGCACUGGUUCUUGCUGUUUUGAUCUCAAUCUUGAUUUGCCCAACUGUCUUGCGCGUGGUCCUGACACGAAGGGAAAUUGAAGCAAAACGACGCAUUGAAGAAGCAAAGAGACUCGGACGCACCUUGAAGCCGAAUGCCCAGCGCAAUGUCUACUUCUGCGUGCAGACCCGUUCGCGUGCGCAAUGGGGCCAGCAGGGUGCCUUGCUGAAUGGACUUUUGGAGGUUGGAUGCAAGGUCGUGGACUUCCGUUCCUUCCACCCUUUUCACGAUGUUGGGACGCAACAUAUCAUCAACGAGUUGUACCUGAAAGACAUGGAGCUGGAGCUGGUAUUGGCAGAUCAACUGGCACCAGAAGACCAACUGCGGCUUGAUCACCGCACAAAGGAGAUUCUGCGUGUAGUCCUGUCAGCUUUGCGCUCAGCAGAGGUGAAGAUAUCCAGAUGGCAGCCCGGAGAGGGCACUCAAGAGCUGAUUGAGGAGGUUCACUAUGGUUCUGCCACUGAAGAUGUGCCAGUGGGGAGCUUCCGACGGACGGCGAGUCCUUCGGAGCAGAUUGCUGCCCAGCAUGCGCACUUAGAAAUGCAGCAGGCAAUGACGACCAGGCAUGCCCAAGCUGGCUUUGAUAUGUCAACCAGCUUGGAUGAGUACUGCUUCCCAGGAACGCCAAGAGCACACCAUGAACUCGAUGGAUAUGUUCACACGGAUCCUCAUGAUGCUUUUGAUUUGUCGAAUGUGAAGGGGUCAUCGCGGAGUGUCAGCUCGGAGGAGCUGAACAGCUGUGACAGUUCUUCUGAAUGCCUUGACGCAUGA